UAGGCUAAUACCUCCGUCGGGGUAAUUCAUUUUGGAGGAGCAGACUAAGAAGCAGCAGAAGCAAAAUGAAGACAGCUUUUGUUAUUGUUUUGACCCUACUAACAAUUUUUGUAGAUGCCUCGCCAAUACUACCAGAAAAACAAGCCAAGCAGCUUUUGAGAACCCGUCGCGAAGACAGACCAAGAAAAGCUGGCUUUCCUGAUGAACCAAUGAGGGAAUACCUGCUUUACCUCCAGCAACUGGAACAGAGAUCUGAAGAACAAUUCUUUGAGCACUGGCUGAAUCCACACUGCCUCCCGCAUUGCAACAGGAAUAUAGUUCACCCAGUGUAAAAGGAUCAUCCUCCUUUGUGUGGGAAAAGGAACAGUCAACGUUAAACGAGACAAGAUUCACCUGUGCCAGUAGAGCAUCCAAGCCUUGGGUGUUUUUUUUUUU